AUGAUGGAAUUUAAUUCUCUUUUAAUUCUGCUGGAGGCUGCAGAGUUCUUGGAAAGAAGAGACAGAGAGGCAGAACACGGCUAUGCAUCCGUAUUACCAUUCACUAGCGACUUUUCCAGGAAGAAAACGAAACCUGCACCAAUUACCCGAAAAGCCCCGAACAAUAGAUCGUCACAUAAUGAGCUCGAAAAACACAGCAUGCAGCUCCCAGGCCAGCCUCCACGCAUUCCUCACAUAGUCAGAAGGAGGUUGGCUGCAGGUGAGCGACACAUAUUUUGGCUCGCCGCGGUGCGCAAAGAGGUGCAGAUCGCAUCAAGAGUCAGCUUCAAAGGAGUUUGCUCUCUUGUCUGA